AUGUGUGAACACCAUGGGCAUUGUGAUCAUAUUCAAGCUGCUGAAGAGACAGCAAAUUUAUAUAGCCUUUAUAAAUAUAUUGAUAUCGAAAACUUAGUGUGCCUUAAUGAACGUGUUGCCGAUUCGGGAAAGAAGGUCUUUAAACCGUUUGAGGAAAGGAAAGACUCAGAUACAUUUGUUGAAAGUGAUGUAGACGAAGAGCUUCUAUUUAACAUACCUUUCAAUGGUUCUAUAAAGUUGAAAGGCAUUAUUGUCGCGGGUGAAAAUGGAGAGACUCAUCCUGCUUCAGUAUCUAUUUUUAAAAAUAGGUCCUAUAUGACAUUCGACGAUUCAAAUGCUGAACCGGAUCAGGUCCUUGAAUUACACGAGGAUCCUAAUGGGGAGAUUACAUACCCGCUAAAAGUAAUGAAGUUUGGUUCAGUACAGCACCUCAGUCUUCAUUUCAAGUCGAAUUUCGGUGUCAUGGAAAAUCUCUUCGAGCAAUUUUUAAGAGAUAUUGGUCGCGAUAUUGACCAAUUUGAGCGAGCCUAUCCAAGGUUGCCUUCCCGUUCUUCACAGAAGCAGGAACGGAUUAAUGAACUUUGGGUGAAAUUGCAUGAACUUUAUAACAAACAGGAAUGUCUCAGACGUAGCUAUAAUGAAAUUGUUAAUCAGCUAACCACAAUCUCCCUUGGAUUACCAGAUUGGGUGUUCAAUUAUGAGACGCCGGAGUAUCAAUAUGAUCAGGAAGUCGAAUUCUAUCAAGAAGGAGGCGAAGAAGGGGAAUAUACUGAAGAAGAAAUUGAGCCAUUGAGUGCGGAUUUUUUAAAUUUUAUGCUGAAAACAUACAGGCAUCAAGAACAGAGAGAUAAAAUGAAGGCUAAGGAAGAAGCCGCUUCUGUUAAAUUUCCACCUCUUGUUGAUAUAUCUAACAACUUAGAAUCGAAUUCGAUGAUCGCGAAGCGUCUACAAUUGGAAACAAAGAUUGCCAACUUCUAUGAAAAGUUUAGCGAAUGCAGGCAUAUGCCUUUCUGGCCGAUUGUACCGCUGAGGAAAGUGCCUCGGCGGUGA